AUGAUAAUACCCUUCUCCCCCUACAGAUGCGAGAGUGGUUUUUCAACUUUAGUUACCUCCAUUAAAAACUUUGAGAUGCGCUUUAAUCUACACGUGCCUCAUCGGACUCCUGUCAUCGUCACCAUUACCAGCUGUAUCUUGCGAACACCAGCUGCUGUCUCUCUCGACCAUCAGCUGCUGCCUCGCCCGACCAUCAACUACUGCCUCUUACGACCUCCAGCUGCAUUUCCUGCCCAACAGCAACUGCCUCUCCUGACCACCAAGUGCUGCUUCUCCCGACCACCGGCUUCUGGACCUCCCGACCACCAGCUGCUGCCUCGCCCGACCAUCAACUGCUGCCUCUCCCGACCUCCAGCUGCAUUUCCUGUCCAACAGCAACUGCCUCUCCUGACCACCAAGUACUGCUUCUCCCGACCACCGGCUUCUGGACCUCCCGAUCACCAGCUGCUGCCUCGCCCGACCAUCAACUGCUGCCUCUCCCGACCUCCAGCUGCAUCUCCUGUCAAUCAGCUUCUGGACCUCCCGACCACCAGCUGCUGCCUCGCCCGACCAUCAACUGCUGCCUCUCCCGACCUCCAGCUGCAUCUCCUGCCCAUCAGCUACUGCCUCUCUCGACCACCAGCUGCUGCCUCUCAUGACCACCAGCUGCUGCCUCACCCGACCAUCAACUGCUGCCUCUCCCGACCUCCAGCUGCAUCUCCUGCCCAUCAGCUACUGCCUCUCUCGACCACCAGCUGCUGCCUCUCCCGACCACCAGCUGCUGCCUCACCCGACCAUCAACUGCUGCCUCUCCUGACCUCCAGCUGCAUCUCCUGCCCAUCAGCUACUGCCUCUCUCGACCACCAGCUGCUGGAUCUCCCGACCACCAGAUGCUGCCUCUCCCGACCAGCAGCUGCUGGAUCUCCUGUUUACCAGAUGCUGCCUCUCCCGACCAUCAGCUGUUGCAUCUCCGAACCACCAGUGGUGUCUGCCGGCCAGUAG